GAGAUAUUCAGUUGGUGCGUUCGACUAUAUAAACCAUCCAAUAGUUGAGAGAUAUUUGAAACAUGAAGUCGAUAAUAUUGUUGUCAUUAUAAUGGAAUUUUUUCAUACUUAUACGGCGAAGCAACUUUCUACAGGCCAAGGUUUUGUUGACGGACUAUUUAACACGAUUUUCGUUUCAUUUUUAUAUACUUGAAUUAAAAAUGUGUAAGACCGUGAUUAUUUUUACGGCAAUUUUAUAUUUGUCUUAUGCAAAAAUCGCACCCAAUUAUAUAGUACCAUGUCCAGGCUUAAAAUCAGACUGUUUGAAAAGCAACAUACAGCAGGUAAUACCAGAAUUCGUGAAUGGUGUUCCAAGUAUCGGCAUAGAAGUGUUAGAUCCAUUGCAACAAAACAAUGUUGACUUGUCGUUACCGGGAGGGUUAAAUAUUAAUUUCACCAAUGGAACAGUAACUGGGUUGAGGCAAUGCGUCAUCGAAUCUGCCGCCUAUAAAAUUAAUGAAGCUGUGAUGAAUUUUCAUUGUGAUUUAACUGUGAGUGGCAUUUACAAGGCAAAUGGGAAAAUCCUUUUUUUCUCAAUUAAUGGAGAUGGUGAAGCUCAAAUCAAAACGUCAAACAUGACAAUGAAGGCUACGUUGUUUUUUGAAGAUCAAACGAGAGACGGAAAAGUGUAUUAUGUCGUAAAGAAAACCUCAUUUGAUUACAAAUACGGUGGAAGAGUGACAUUCAAUAUUACUAAUUUGAUAAAAAGCAGUCCCAAUCUCAGUGAAGCUGUCUUAUUAUUUCUUAAUGAAAACUGGAAGGCUGUUACAAAGGAAUUCGGAGGGCCAAUUGUUGACGAAAUCUUUAAUUCGGUCAUUAAGAAUAUUAAGAAGUUCUUCAGUAAUAUUCCAAAAGACGAACUUUUCCUUGAUACAGGCAUUUAAAAUAAAUCUUCUAGUGUCACCAUAAAUAAGGAUGACCAACUUUUUAUUUUAAAAUUAAGAAUACUGUUAUUGUUAUUAAGAAAACGAUUACUUAUGGUGAAUUUUGUGC